AUCAGUACACAGGGCACUUCAGCUGGGGAAAGGUGAGCGGUCAGGCUACUGGUAGUGGCCAAUAAACAAGAGUGGUCAGUUAAUUUCUGACCAAACAACUGACCAGGCUAGAGACAGCAAUGGGUGCAGGUGACCCUUCCUUAGUGAUACAAAGUGAAUGGUAAUUGUAUAGGGAAUUAACUCAUUGAGGAAAAACACAGGACUAGAAUAUUGUAUGAACUUUGAUGUGGUUUUAUGCUACAUGGAAUUUGGAACUCAAAAAACAUUUUCUGUGGAAUAUUUAACUUGAUAAUUGGAUAUUUGGAUAACUGGAUUAGAAAAGACUUGGGUGUGAUGUAACUGGGGCAACCUUUUCUUGUGGGAUUAAAGCAGACGGAUAAACAAUUGCAGGCACAGUGAGGACCACUUCCAUCAUCAAAAAAGAAAAAAAAAUAGAGGACAAAAAAAAUAAACAUGUUUGAUCUUUCACAGUUGGAUUAAGCUAUUUGCUAUGAAUUUGGGAGAACAUUAAAACAAUGUCAUGUGGAUUAACUUUAUGAUAAAAAAACAACUGUAACUGAAACUUUUAUCUGGCAGAGAUCCAUCCUAUGAUUACAAAAACACUUUAUGUAGAUUUGCAGACUGUGAGGUAAUUUUACAACAAAAAAAGCAACAAAAAAUUACAGACUUCACGCUUUUCUGGCUUCUACCCAGCAGGGAACGUUACCUAGACAGAGGAGAGAGUGGUUUAAUACAGAUCCCUUCUAUUAAAGUUCAGACGUCUCAGAAACCUGAAUGACAUUUUGAGAGGGCCUUGGUGGAAGAGGGGAACAGAACUGCAGCCAAAGAAUAGACCCUCAACAUCGUUCUCUUACUCACUUUUUCUCUCUUUAUAAGACAAAGAACCUAGAACCAUACACCUUUAUUUAAAGGAUGGGAGAGGAUUAAUCAGCUAUUCAAGACUGCUGUUCAGCUACCUGAUCCCACCCUAGACAGAGCACCCAUACUAAUGUUGCUAUAACAAAGACAGUUGCCUGUGACAGUGCAAUCAGCUUCCCAGCAAGGGACAUACAACCUCUUUCUUAUUCAAGUUUAGACCACAAGGCAAGCCGUCUAGCAGUUUUCAGUGACAAACGCGAACUAGCAGGUUCUAAAUAUAUUAGCUGGAGGGAAAAGAGGCUAGUUUACAACCACCAUUGAAAGGAAAUUACAGCCCUGCUUUGAAAUUUCACAUAAUGGAACGAGCACUAAGUUGUAACAAUGAGAGAGGAUUAGGUUAAUAAUACACACAGAAUAUUCAGAGCCGGAGGAACGUAAGGACAAGGGAAAAAAUUAGACAGCGACAACAACUGAGACAAAGUUCUUCUCAGUCAGCUGAGUAAUUGAGGGAGAGAAAAAAAACCAACAGCAAAUAUUGUGGGAGAGGAGUCAUAUUAUGUAAACAUCAGCAUGAAGGGGUCAAGUUUUUAUUGGCUUUUAAUUGUUUUAUUAGGCUUGGCCUGGAAUCUUAAUGAGGUCAAUGGGCUUUGCUCGAGAAAAUGCCCCUGCAUGGCAAACAGAGCCUACUGCAAUGGCAUGUACCUGAAGGAAAUCCCGGACGAUUUCUUGCCAACACUGACACACCUCGAUGUACACAAUAACUUAAUAACAAACCUGACGCGUGCGUCACUGGCACACCUGACUCGUCUGCAGACCCUCAUGCUGGCAAGCAACCGUAUCUCUUCCAUCGAGGACGGGAUUUUUGCAAACUUCAGAAACCUUGCAGGUAUGGAUCUAAGCAAGAACAAGCUAGAGAAGUUGCCGAGGGGCAUGUUCCGUGGAGCACGGAGUCUUCAGGCUAUUACGCUGGCCAACAACGCUCUUGUAGAUGUAGAGGGCCUAUUUAGAGGACUCAGGAGGAUCACAAUACUAAACUUGAAAUACAACAACCUACAAACUAUCACCGAGAAAACUUUCAUAGAGAACAUCAGGUUGCGGUACCUUGACCUCAGCCAUAAUGACAUCUCCGCCAUUGAUUCCAAUGCCUUUCGCAACCUGCGGAGGUUACGGUACCUUAAACUCAAUAACAAUCCCCUCACUGAUUUAAUGAGCCUGAAAUUUGAUAGCAGCAAGUUGUCCCUGAUUGACUUAGAAUUCUGUCAACUUGGGCAGGUUGUAGAGGGACUACCUAAAUCACUACAAGAUAUUCGCAUGGGGCACAACAAUAUAAGGUACAUUAGUGCAAAUGAUUUUCGUCAAAAUACACGACUGAGUAAACUCAAUUUGGCAAACAAUUCACUGGAGUAUAUUCACAAUGAAGCCUUCCGCCAUAUGCGUCAACUUCAGGAACUGUGGUUGAAUAAAAAUUACCUUUCUCUGCUCCCAAAACGUAUUCCAAGCCGCCUACGAAUUCUGCAUUUGGAGGAAAACAAUAUCUACAAUAUUCCAGAAAAUAUUUUCCGUCAUCACUGGUCCCUCUCAUCACUAUACCUUCAGAAGAAUCGUAUCAAAAAAAUAACCAAACGCACAUUUAAGGGCUCGAAUCUACGCAACUUGGACCUGGAGAAGAACAGUAUCGCUCAAAUCGAAGUGCGUGCAUUUGCAGGGAUGUCGCGACUACAGUCCCUGGAUCUCUCAGACAACCCCACCCUCGUUCUAGACCCCAUGGCACUGGAUGAACUUUCCGGUCUCAUUAUGCUAAAGAUCAGAAACCUGGACAAACUGGAUUACGUUCCUUCAGGCUUGUUCAAGGAUAUGAAAUCAUUGCGUUUUCUCGAUUUAACUGGCAGUCCUCUCAUUGUGGCGAAAAUGUUAUCUUGGGACCUGAAUGCAGGCUAUUUCAAUACUCUAACAGACUUAAACUUAAUGAACACGGGACUAUCCCGACUGCCUGUCCACUUUCCAGACUACCUCCCCAAAUUACGGAGCAUCACACUCACAGGAAACCCAUGGUACUGUGACAGCGACAUAGUUUGGAUGCGACGCUGGAUGUACACGCCUGGCCUCAACGUCUACAUGCGCUGGGAAAUCAAGUGUGCUCUCCCGCUGAAAUUCAAAGGAGCCCAACUAAAUCAGCUGAGCGAAUUAGACUUGGCUCAGAUUGACCCCAUUGUCCAAUCACAAUCAAGGACACAUACGGAUGAAAUUCCUAUUGGACUUAAUAACACCAAGAGUUAUCCACAGUAUCCUUAUAACCUGGUGAGUAAAAAGACGGAGACCAGCAAAGAGAGAACUGAAAAUACAAUAGAUAAGAAAUCAGAAUGGUAGCAUUAGUGAAGGUAGAGCUGACAGUGUAAUAUAAACUGUACCUCAUCUGUAGAUCUGUAUUAUGUUUGCAAUAUGAACUACCAUAUCGCCUAUAAAACAUCUUGCACAGCUGUUUAUAAUGGUGAUACAAAAACCAUAUUCAUACAAAUAUUUGAACUAUACUGACAGGCAGAAUUUUUUUCUUUUCUUUGUAAAGGAAAGAAAUUACUCAAUUUGACAAUUAUGUUAUUUUCUGACUAUCAAAUACAACUUUUGAGGCUUUCCCUUUCCAGUGAAUAGCAAUGGUAACAUUGUCCCUGUAAGGCUAAUGUUGAACCUGAACCCAGCUCAGUUCUCAGGUAUUUCAAAUCAAAUCCUUAAAAAUCAACAAAAUAUUGUGCUGGGAGUACUCAGUAGUGAGCUGGUAGUUUUGUUUGCAUCUUUCUUAUUUAUUUAUUUAUUUAUUUGUUUGUUUAUUAAGAAACUGACAUACUCUCAGCAGCCCAAUCAUGUGCAAAAAACAACAGGUGUAAUUAGUGUGCUUUGUAAUUAUUGUGGGAUCUAAUAAUUCCUUACUGAAAUGUAAGUGUACGGUAAUUAUUCAAUUUUUUUUAAACAGCAUACUUUUUCCAAUAUUUUAUUUUAUGAAAGAUUUAUCAGUUUCGGUUACUCAUAAAAAUUUACUCUCUGACAAGAAAUCAACAGACCUGUCAGAAACAGUGAAUCAACUUCUUCAAGUAAUUACAAACUAUAUAAGCAGAAAUAACAAAAUAGAUUUUAUUCGGAUUUAAUGAGCAAUUACCAUAUACAGUCUAGCCCAUUAUUCAUGAUUAACAGAUAGUAGAAAAACACAUUAGUUUGUCUGUGAUAAUGCGUUAGGUGUGAAGUGUGUUAGAUGUGCAAUAGAUGAUUUCCACCUUUCAGAAUAUUGCACUAGAAAUGUAUGGCACUGUGUGAGUGAGAUAUGAUAUAAUGUUUGUUAGUAUCAGGUCCUAUAGUAUGCUAUGCAACCAGGGGCGGAUCCAGCAAUUCAGGGUGAUAGCCCUCCAAUCAGACCGAGUCUUUUAUCUACUAGGCUAACAGCCUUCAAAUCAGACUGAGUCUUUUAUCUAGAUUGACUAAUGCUUAGUAACUAAUUAUAAAUGCCUUUCAUUCUGAGCAUAUUUGUUGGACGAAGAAGACUAGUACUUUUAUCAUUUCCCUCUUGUCAAAGUUGUAUCAUGUACACCAGGUAGGAUAUUUAGACGAUAUGCUGUCUUUUAUCAAUGUGUGUGUGAAGUGUACUCCUUUCACAGAAGAACGAACAGUAAAUAGCUUGAUCUGCAUAAAUGCAUAUUUUCUUAGGUAUAUGGCAAAUGCAUUUACUACACCAAUCACUACAUAUUUAAUAAUCAGAGAUAAAUUGAUAUAUUAUUCAGUGACACAUUUUUCUGUAUAAAAAGUAAACUUCACAAUAUGAUUAAAAUGUCCUUUCUGUAAGAAUUUGUACAAACUUUUUAAGGAGUAGUAGACAAAGUUAAGGACUGACAAAAUUCAACAUACAGUUAUUGUAUAGAAACAAAUGACAAUAUCGCAUUUUUUAGUGUUUUUCUGGUUGUAAUAAACUUUAGAACAUUUACCGUAUCUAGCUUAUUCUUGCUGUAUGAGAUUGUAGACUUUUAUAAACAACCAGUGCUGUUUUUAGCAAGCAUUUGUUUGGGUGUGGUUAAUUUAUAAUAAACUGAAUACUACGUUU